UCUUUCUUUUUUAUGUGGGUUGGUUCCUAACUUUAUCUCCUCUCUCUUUCCCCAUUUCACUUUCUCUGAAAUUCUCGAGAUUGGCGUCUAAGAUAAAAACCAGGGGGACCUCUGUUCCAACAUCUUUCCCUCUCAUCCCUUCCCUUCUUCCUCUUCUCUGCUCUCCCUAAAACCUCUUCUACAUAUCCUCUUGCCCAGAACAAAAGCAAAAGAAAGCACCCCACCCCACUUCAGAAAGUAAGGAAAAAAAAAAAACACAAUCUUGAUGAGUGAGAGAGGAGGCUCUCUGUGAGAAGAGAGCCUGCCUGUUCAUGCAACCACCACCAAAACCACCAUUCUUUUUCUCAACAAGCUUUUUCUGCCCAACAAGACUUAGCUCGGUGGGCUUUGCUGCUUUUCUUGGAUGGCACUUUCUAUGCACAGGGAUAGUAACAGCAGUGGUAGUAACAGCAAGCAGCAACAAAUGGACCCCAGCAAGUAUGUGAGGUACACACCAGAGCAAGUUGAGGCUCUUGAGAGGGUUUAUGCAGAAUGCCCAAAGCCUAGUUCUUUGAGGAGGCAGCAGCUCAUUCGGGAGUGCCCCAUUCUUGCUAACAUUGAGCCUAAACAAAUCAAAGUCUGGUUUCAGAAUCGCAGAUGUCGUGAAAAACAGAGGAAAGAAGCAUCUCGUCUCCAGACUGUUAACAGAAAACUGACCGCCAUGAAUAAGCUGCUGAUGGAAGAGAAUGAUCGUCUUCAGAAGCAGGUCUCGCAGUUGGUCUAUGAAAAUGGUUAUAUGCGUCAGCAACUGCACACUGUAAGCACAACAACCACAGAUACUAGCUGUGACUCUGUGGUUAUGAGUGGUCAGCAACAACAGCAAAACCCAACUCCUCAGCAUCCACAGAGGGAUGCAAAUAGCCCAGCUGGUCUUCUCGCAAUAGCUGAGGAGACCCUGACAGAGUUCCUUGGGAAGGCUACUGGAACUGCUGUCGACUGGGUCCAGAUGAUUGGGAUGAAGCCUGGUCCGGAUUCUAUUGGCAUCGUUGCUGUUUCCCGCAACUGCAGUGGGGUAGCAGCACGGGCCUGUGGCCUCGUGAGUCUUGAACCCACGAAGGUUGCUGAAAUUCUCAAAGAUCGUCUUUCUUGGUUUCGCGACUGCCGUUGCCUCGAUGUAGCAAGUGCAAUACCCACAGGAAAUGGAGGGACUAUAGAGCUUGUAUAUAUGCAGAUAUAUGCACCAACAACAUUGGCAUCUGCUCGUGACUUUUGGACGUUGAGAUAUAUCACAAGCUUGGAAGAUGGCAGUCUAGUGAUUUGUGAGAGAUCAUUAACAUCUUCUACGGGUGGCCCAACUGGGCCUCCUGCUACUUGCUUUGUGAGAGCUGAAAUGCUGCCGAGUGGGUACCUGAUUCGUCCUUGUGAGGGUGGUGGAUCCAUUAUCCACAUUGUCGAUCACAUUGACUUUGAUGCUUCAAGUGUUCCUGAAGUUUUAAGGCCACUUUAUGAAUCUUCCAAAAUCCUUGCGCAAAAGAUGACUAUGGCUGCUUUGCGUCAUAUAAGACAAAUUGCUCAAGAAACCAAUGGAGAGAUCCAGUAUACUGGUGGUCGCCAACCCACUGUUCUUAGAGCAUUAAGUCAAAGAUUGUGCAGGGGUUUUAAUGAUGCUGUCAAUGGAUUUGUUGAUGAUGGUUGGUCAAUAAUGGGCAGCGAUGGGGUUGAAGAUGUAACCAUUGCCAUUAACUCAUCUCCAAGCAAGUUUCUGGGUUCCCAAUAUAACAACUUGUCUAUGCUCCCAACCUUUGGGGGAGUCCUCUGCGCACGGGCAUCAAUGCUUCUCCAGAAUGUGCCUCCAGCUUUGCUUGUUCGCUUCCUGAGGGAGCAUCGUUCGGAGUGGGCUGAUUAUGGCGUUGAUGUCUACUCUGCCGCUUCUCUUAAAGCCAGUCCUUAUGCAGUUCCUUGUGCAAAGCUUGGAGGGUUUCCAAGCAGUCAAGUUAUUUUACCUCUGGCGCAAACUGUUGAACAUGAGGAGUUCCUGGAGGUGGUUCGUUUGGAAGGUCAUGCAUUCUCUCCAGAGGACAUUGCUUUGUCAAGAGAUAUGUACUUGUUGCAGUUAUGCAGCGGGAUCGAUGAAACAACUUCUGGCGCCUGUGCUCAGCUUGUUUUUGCGCCCAUUGAUGAAUCAUUUGGUGAUGAUGCUCCCGUGCUGCCAUCUGGUUUCCGCGUCAUACCAUUGGAACCUAAAUCAGAUGGGCCCACAGCAACUCGAACACUGGACUUGGCUUCUGCUCUUGAGGUGGGACACAGUGGAGCUCGUUCUGGUGGUGAAGCUGAUACGAGUAAUCAGAAUUUUAGGUCUGUUUUGACCAUUGCGUUCCAGUUCACUUUUGAGAAUCACUAUCGAGACAGUGUAGCUGCCAUGGCCCGUCAAUAUGUACGAAGUAUUGUGGGAUCAGUCCAAAGAGUUGCCAUGGCCAUAGCCCCAUCCCAACUCAGCUCCCAAAUGGUACCAAAGCCGCUUCCUGGUUCACCAGAGGCUGUCACAUUGGCACGUUGGAUUUGCAGGAGCUACAGAGUGCACACUGGUGGAGAACUGCUUCAGGCUGAUUCAUCAGCAGGUGAUGCUGUUCUGAAACAACUUUGGCACCACACUGAUGCUAUUAUGUGCUGCUCCGUUAGAAUGAAUCAGGCAUCAGCAGUAUUUACAUUUGCAAACCAGGCAGGACUGGACAUGCUGGAGACGACCCUGGUAGCCCUUCAGGAUAUAAUGCUGGAGAAGAUACUGGAUGAAGCUGGUAGAAAGAUUCUGCUCUCAGAGUUCUCCAAGAUCAUGCAGCAGGGGUUUGCAUAUUUGCCGGGAGGAGUGUGUGUUUCGAGCAUGGGCAGACCGGUGUCUUACGAACAAGCGGUGGCAUGGAAGGUUGUGAACGAUGAGGAUGCCAAUCACUGCCUAGCAUUCAUGUUCAUGAAUUGGUCUUUUGUGUAAAGGGAAUAGAAAUGGGUGCUGACCUUGUGAUGAGAUGACAAUUUGAAACUAUAGCUGCACUCAGGUGUUUUAAGUUAUUUGUAGUUAUUUAAAUUUGGGGAAAAUGAUGUACGACGACAUAUUGACAAGGGGUUAUUUAUAAACCUGUGAGAUGCCUACUAUUAUCAUAUAUAUAUACAUAUA